AUGGCCUCCGAUAGGCUUCGGGUGCCCGACGAGAGCGGCGCAUCGCCGUCCUCGUCGUCGACACUGCCGCCGCCGACCCUCUCGCUGCUACCGUCCAACGUCGCCUCGAUCUUUCUCGCUCGCUUCGAUGUGCGCAGCGGCAACCAGAUCGACUUCCAGUGGCCCCCUCGGCCUGGUGCGGCUACGGGAAAGCUCGUCGAUACGGACGAUGGCAUCGCGGCGGAUACGGUGGGAUGGGAGGGAGAAGCGGUGGAUCUCACUGGUGUGGAGUGGAAGGUACUCCCCAGUGGCGGACAUCUGAUCGAGAGGGAUACCAUCUACUUUCAGCCGAGCACGCCACCGCCAUCUGAGUCGUCACGCACCAGGCGGGGCCAGGUCGGCGUCGCCUGCUUUCGGAACAUCAAGCUCGGUACAGCCGCUUCCGCCGCCACCUCGUCCGUCAGCGCGCCUGCGCCUGCGCCUGCGGGAAGCGGAGGCGUGGAUCAGAGGGGCGCCCGGAUGAUCAGCGUCGGCCUCGUCCUCUCGUGCCUCUCGACCGAGGCCGCCAUGAGCCCCACGGCGCAGCAGCUCGCCAUCGUACCGCACCUCGACAACCUGGAGAAGCUGGCGGACCAGCUCGUGCAGCGGCCCGACCAGACUGAGCUCCUCAAGUCGUACUACGACGCCCAUGCCGUCACGCGCAGCUCGCAGGGCAAGGACCAGCCGAAUGCCGGCAACGGCGGCAGCUCAGAAACGUGGAUGGCCGCAUCGACGAUGCGCCAGCUGAGGAUACGACGCCGUCGCGACCCGAAGAUGCUCUAUCACGACCCCACCUCGCACCUCCCCGCCAUGUGCAGCGCGCUCGGCCCUCUGCUCCCGACGAUCCUCAAGAAGCUCAUGAUCCGCGGCCACCGCCUCCUCAUCUUCGCACCGGCCCCGCCGCUGCUGCAGGCGGCCUAUAUCGGGUACAACCUGGCCGACCUCGUCACCGAAGCCUCGCCCAUGUCGCGCAAGGGCGGCAACCUCGUCUCUGUCCGGGUGCGCGGCCAGGUAGGCGUGCACGACAUCAUCGCCCUCGAAGAAGAGGAGAAGCAGAGGCGCACCACGGCGGUGGCGGGCGAGCACGCCGCAGCCAACGACGACGGAGGUGUUGACGAGGCCGGACGUGCUCAGGGCACGCCGAGCUGGGUCGCAUGGAGUUCGGACAAGAUCUUGCUCGAGAAGCCGCAUCUCUUCGACAGCGUGCUCGACCUGUCGGCGCUAGCAUCGCCCGCAUCGGGCGGAAGGCUGGACGAGAACAGCCUCCUCAGCUCCAACGCAUGCGCCAAGUUGCUGCGCGUCAGCCGCACGCCGGUCCAGACCGGCGGAGGUGCGCCCUCCUCCUCAUCGGCCGCCGCGAGACCGCCGUUGCGCGAAAGGGUCGAGGCCAAGAAGCAGAGCUGGACGACGCGCGAGUUUGCUACAUUCAACGAGCUCGAUGCCCAGGCCGAGCGGCACGCUGACCGCCUCAUCCUCCUCGGCGGACGCAAGAGGAGCGGCAGCGGCAGCACGUCCAAGGUCAAGAGGAAGGCGAGCAAGGGCAGCCUCCGACGGCGUCACGACGAGGAUCGAGGCACCGCUGCUGCUGCUGCGUCGACGCUGACGCAUCGAAAGACGCGACGGCUCGAUGCCCAAGGCGACUACGGUGCUGGCGACGGCGGCGGUGGCGAUGCGAUGACGAGGUCCGAGUCGGCGCUGUCGCAGUGGCGCGGCGGGUGCGCCCGCUCGCCUCGCCGGACGCCCGGCGGCGUACUGAGCGCCAUCCUGGCUUUUUUGCGCUACUGGCUCGCGGGCUGGUGGUUCCUCCCGACGCACUGGAGGUACGGCCUGCCCUCGUCGUACGUCCUCCCCCUCGGCAUCCGUGGCGACGGCGGCGUGCGUUCCAGCAUCAUGAUUCUGCCGAUCAGCGACAGCGACGACGAGGAUGCCGUCGACGUGGAGGACGAUGACGAGGACGCAAGCAGCCAAGGCAGCGUCGAUGGAGAUGAGGAUCGUCCUGACGACGGAGAGACGCAAGCGGCAUCUCGUUCGAAUGCAGAGGAGUCGCCUGGCAAAGGGACCGGCGAGCACCAAGAGCAAGACCUUGAUGGCGACAGCAAGGCUGCUGCCGGUACCGCCCUCACCAGCUCCUCCACGGAAUCGACCCUGUCGACGAAGACCGGCGAAGAUGAUAACGACGAGGAGGAUGAGGACGACGACGAAGGUGACCUGGACCUCAACCUCAUGGGCCCGCCCGACCCGCUUCUGGCCGCCGUCGGGGCGAGCGUCCCCUUCAACCAUCAUCACCACCACGGCGAUGGGCGCAAGUCGCCCGGCCUUGGCAGGAGGCCGAGCAGCACCGGCGGUGCCAUCGACGACGACGCCACCAGCGCGCACAGCAACGGGCGGGGGGCGGCAGCACCUUCGCGCCGCACCGUCGGCAGCGUCUCUAGCGGGCGCGGCUACGGGCGGCGGAUGAGCUUCGACCGGUUCGGCAACCACAUCCCGCUCUCUUCGUCGUCGAUCCGGGGUGUCGACGACGACGUCGAUGAGGCGGACGAGGAGAUCGGCGUCGAUGGCGGCCACGAGGACUGGAGCCUGCUCCUGUCCGACUCGCUCUGGACAGUGUGGGGCCGUUGGACGCGCGCCCUGGUGCAAGGGCUGGUCGAGAUCCUCAGGGAGGAGCGCGACCAGGCGCUUGACGGCGCAGGAUCCGGGGCGUCGGACGGCGAGGCCCAAGAGACGAGGCGGUUGCUUGAAGUCGAUGGCGAUGGCGGCGGCGGCGGCGGCGGCAGCGGUAGUGGCGCAGUCGUGCUGACGGUGCGGAUCGGGACAAAGGAGAUGGCGUCGCUUGGGCUGAGCGCGGGCAACGACGGCGACGUCGAGCUGGUGCAGUCGCUGGCGCUCCGGGUCCUCGACAAGCUGGACCGAUCCAGCGAGCGGGGCGGUCGGCCGGCGUCGUCGCGGCACCAGCAGCAGCGGAGGGUGACUUGGAGGGUCGAGGUGGACAAGGUGUGGCCGAUCCUGCGCUGGUUCUUGUAG